AUGGUGCAGUUCAAAAUUCUGGGUCCGGGGAUUCAGCCGGCCAGUCAGACACCCGUUCAGACAGAGCUGCGUAUCAACGGCUCAGAUGAGGUGCUGGUCGUGCCAAUCGUCACCAGCACAAAGGUGCUUGAGCUCAAGCAGCACCUCUCCAUGAAGCUCGGAGUGGACCCCGAUUCUCUACAGUUUGCCACGAAAGCUGGAUGCUCUUGGAGGAUGCAGAUGGACCAUGAGGAGGUGAGAAGGAAGGUGAAUGUCAAGGGCAUUAAAUCGUUCAAGCCCGAGAGAACAAAGUAUGAGGAUCCGUUUCUCAUCAUUGGUGCUGGACAUAUCGGACUGCGACACGGCCUUUUCCUGCUACAGAACGACCACCCAAAUUUCGUCAUCGUUGAUCGCCGGAACAAGGUCGGCGGAACUUCCUGGAUUUCGCAGGCGAACAAGACCUCAAAGCUGCAAACCGAGCUUGGCACAUACCACCUGCAAUACGACUUUCAGAAUCCGGUACCAACUGACAUGGCAACCUGGCCCUCACGCGACGAGCUUCUGGAUCACUUUGCCAAGGUGUCGUCCGAAUAUGGACUGAUGCCGCACAUUCAGCUGGAAACGAACGUGAAAGCCAUCACCGUGAACGGGAACAGCUGUGCAAGCGGACCCUUGGAAGUCAGCCUGGAAGCAACACAGAACUACACGGGAGUCGUUCCUCCAGAGCCAACCGGGCGAGGUGUCAAGCAGCUGAGGGUCAGCAGCGUUUUCAUGUACCCAGGGAAUCUUUCCUUUCCUCGGCAAGAUACAUACCUCGGCGAGGACCUCUUUGGGGGCACGAUUGAAUAUGCGAUGUUCGAUACCAUCGAUUACGACCAGGCAGCCCGCGGAAAGGACGUCAUGAUCGCCGGUCAUGGAGCCUUUGGAGUGGAGAACAUUCGGACUUGCUGCGAGUUCUCUGCCAAGCGGAUCUACAUGGUUUGCCGCAGGACGAACCUGGCCUGUCCACGCGUUAGCUCUUGGUUCUGCAACCAGUCAGACCCCGCCGUCCCCGCCCCCCUCUUCCUCGAAAGCAUGGAGCCGGCAUACAAGCUUAUCGGCUACGACCCGUGGUCAUACCACUCCGUCACUUACAAUGCGGCCCGAACGACUGCACAAAUCAAUCAGAAAGCCAGAUUUGGCAUCGGCGACGUAUACUUCUUGGCCCUCAGCAUGGGCAAAUGUGAAGUGAUCGUCGAUGAGGUGAAGAGACUCUCGGAAGGGCGCGUUCACCUCCAGUCCGGCCGAGAGUUGUCUGUACAGACGAUUCUCAAAGUGUUCGGUUUCGUCGGAGACCAGGAGGUUGACCGCCUGCUGAAAAUCAAGAGCAUGUACGGCUACUGGGCCGAUGCAGAUAAUCGCCGCUUCACAGCGAGCGAGAAUCCGGGUGUCUAUGCCAGCAAUUUCGGUGGCACCAGCUUGUCCCCCGGUGCCAUAUUUUUUACAUUAAUGGCAAGUCACGUCAUGUGGUUUCCCAGGGACUGGCAGAGACUCGUUGAUUCGGCGCAGUUGCCCACGAACAAGAGAGAUGAUUCUAUUUCCAGACCAGCAUACGUGCUGGAUGCCAAGACAGCUCUGCCGAUCAGCUUCGUUGUGCCCACUCUGUGUCCAGGAAUAGGUGAAAUCGCAAUGCGGCACGGCGCUCUCAAGAAGCGGAAGCAGCUGGAGUGUCACCCUCUGGAGCGCUUUCUGGAGGAGUGCCAGCAGGAAUGGGACGAGUAUGCGAGAAAAUGGAAGGCGGACGACCCAUCUUUGAAGGAUCCUCCAGCCUACCCAUACUCUGUUGCAAUUGUAAAGGGGCUCCUAGCGAAACACGCGGCCCUUGUCUCUGAGCAGCCAAUGAGCUGA